UGGGCUCUGGACAGAAUUACAUCCUCCCAUCCUCCUUUACCUAAUCCAGACUAGCUUUGUCUCAUCACUCGGCUCGAGGUGCUGCUUCUGUGAACUUCAGUCCUCUGUCCUCCGUGUGGCUCGUGCGCGUCCGUCGAGAGUACCAACUCUGAACCCUUUCCGCUUGUUAGUAGGAGAGAAAAAACAACAGUAACCAUGGAAGCCAUCAAGAAGAAAAUGCAAAUGUUGAAACUGGAUAAGGAGAAUGCUAUUGAUCGGGCAGAGCAAGCAGAAGGAGACAAAAAGGGGGCAGAGGACAAAUGCAAACAGCUGGAAGAAGAGUUGCUGGCGCUGCAGAAGAAGCUGAAGGGAGUGGAGGAUGAGUUGGAUAAAUACUCCGAGUCGCUGAAGGAUGCCCAGGAGAAGCUGGAGCAGGCUGAGAAGAAGGCCACAGACGCAGAGGCAGAGGUGGCUUCCCUAAACAGACGUAUCCAGCUGGUAGAGGAGGAGUUGGACAGGGCCCAGGAGAGACUGGCCACUGCGCUGCAGAAGCUGGAGGAGGCCGAGAAGGCUGCAGACGAGAGCGAGAGAGGAAUGAAGGUGAUAGAGAACAGGGCGUCAAAAGACGAGGAGAAGAUGGAGAUCCAGGAGAUGCAGCUAAAGGAGGCCAAGCACAUCGCUGAGGAGGCUGACAGGAAGUACGAGGAGGUGGCCCGUAAGCUGGUGAUCCUUGAGGGUGACCUUGAGCGCUCUGAGGAGCGUGCUGAGGUGGCUGAGGCUCGAGUCAGGGAGCUGGAGGAAGAGCUUAGACUCAUGGACCAGAAUUUGAAGUCCAUGAUGUGCGGAGAGGAUGAGUACUCACAAAAGGAGGACAAAUAUGAAGAGGAAAUCAAAGUUCUUACUGACAAACUUAAAGAGGCUGAGACCCGUGCUGAGUUUGCAGAGAGGUCUGUGGCUAAGCUUGAGAAAACCAUUGAUGAUUUGGAAGAGAAACUGGCUACAGCUAAAGAAGAGAACCUAGACAUGCACCAAACGCUGGACCAAACCCUCCUGGAGCUCAACAAUCUAUAAAGAGAGCUCUGUCUGCCUGGGCCCAUGAACAAGAGGCCUAAAACGAAGCGAAAUGAAAAAAACACAAAGCUUUCAUAAUGCUCAUUGAUACACACUUGACCAAAUCCUUUAGUUGACUUGCCCCUUUGGGAACAGGACAGUCUUCACUUGGCUUUAAUAGUAGUAAAGGCUUACGAACAAGGCAUUUCGUUUAGCUAAUGAGGGUCUCUUGCACACAUGCUAAUUAAUGGCAAACGCAUGCUGGCUACAGAAGUUAACAUGGUUCACUAUAACAGCAUAGAGUUGAAUGCUAUUGAGGUUGCUGUUUGUAUUUAGCAUGUGAUUCGAGUCUUAAAGUUGACAUCUCUUUUCUAAUCUGACCUCUGAGGCCUCCUUGAAGUGAAAUUGCAUUUGCUUUACUCUUUGAGCUUUGUUACCUCAAACUCUUAUUUUUUAUCCAAAGUAUAAAGUUUUUGUAAUCCUUCAAAACAAAUAAAUGGUAAACAUAUAUUCUUUACUUACUGUUUGGUAAGAUGUGCCACUCAUUGUUUUAAUUAAUACAGUAUAGUAUUUGUGUAGAACUGACCCAAACAGGGAAAAAGACUAGCGUUCACAUGUUAAAUGUACGUCUAGGUUUGUUUUAUAUGUUAAAAAUGACUAGCAAAGGUAUCAUAAUGUAAUACAAACUAAUUACAAUAGGGACAUUUAAUUUAGACACAGUAUUCUUUUGACAAAGUUUUUGAAUUUUCAAAAUUGUUGUAGUGACCUUUUGGGGGUUUGGAUAAUAGUAUAACAUUAGAUGAUUUUGGUAUUCUAAUCAUGCCGAUGUGGUACCUCAUGUAUUCUAAUCACUUGCCUUUUAUUUUUUUUUCCUUGACAAAGAUUUUUGAGAAUGCCCAUAGUUGUUAGAAUCUGAAACGUCUCUUAAUUUUUGAAACACCCUCUCAAUAAUUAGCCGGUUUAACUGUUACAUGGUCAUUCCACUAAACGAGUCUCUUUUUGAGUAGUGUAACUUAAUCUAUGAGUAACAGGGUUGACGUGUUAUGCUCAACCCACUGUUUCCCCCCACAAAACACCAGAAAGAGUAGAACCAGCUCACCUGCUUUUACACUGAUUUCAUUAUUAGAUGUUAAAUGUUUGUUUUUUUUGGGGGGGGGGGGGGGGAAUAUAUGAAAUAUUCACCAUAUUAAAAUGAGAGUUCAGGUUACAGGAUUGACCUUAAACACGUCCCUCAUUUUAAAGUGUUUUACCUUACAAUGAGUCACUAAUCACAUGAAAUAGAUAAUCGUCUGAAUUGACUUUGUCAAAACAGCCAAAUUUUACUUUUGAGGUUAAAUGAGUUAAAAUCUUCUGAGAAGUCAGAUUGCAGAUGUCAAAAUGCUGAAUGUUGGCACUCUCUUAUUGUUAUUAAAAAAAAAUCUAAUGUAUUGAAUUUUCCAUGUCUAUAUUAAAUGGCACUUCAUUUAAUAUGGCAGGCUUUUAAAAUCCAAUAUUGGUGCAACAUUUCUACUUAAAAUAUCAAAGGGAUGCAAAAGGGACUCAUUUUGUGGAACUACCCUACAGCUGUAAACUUGUAAGGUUGAUUUGAAGCUCAUGUAAUGAUAUCUUAAUGCACCUGUGUCAAUACUUCAGAGUAGUCAGAAUGCUUAUUGGUCUGAAGGUUUUAAUUAGGGGGAAUUAUUCAAUAUUCUGGAGGUAUUCAAAUGUGUAUUAAGGUUUAUUACUCAUGUAUCCUAUGCAAUGAAUCAACUGUAUAAGCUCUUAAGAUGAUUAAAAAAUGGCCGGCAAAAUAAA